AUGGAGAGAAACAGUACUGACAAAGGAAAAAAUAUCAUGAAGGAGGAGAAUGAAAGAGAGCGUAGUAUCCCUGAUGAUGUGAGUGAAAUGAUUCUCGAGAAGCUACCGCUCAAGUCCGUGGCCAGGUUCUGCAGCGUCAAAAAAAGGUGGGCUGAAAUGAUUACUAGUCAACAUUUCGCUCAAAGAUUCUUGUCUCAAUCCGUGUUAAAGCCUCGAAUACUAUUCACAUCCUUCAUAAGUCAAGAAAUAAGAGACGGACCCUCUUACCAGUGGUUCGGCUCCAUACUUCAGGUGAAGAAACCGGAGGUGUUGCGCCAAGAUCUGCUCGAUCAUCCACGCUUGCUGUGGGAUUCCCGUAUAUCCAUUGCCCAAACUGUCCUUGGUUUGGUGUGCUGCCACAACGAGAAAGGAAGGUCGAUGAUUUGUAACCUUAGUGGUGGCGGAAUGCUUAUGAACUUACCCAAUGUUGAUAUAUCCAAGAGGGAGGAGGCCGAUUUCUUACUUGGGUUUGAUCAACAUAACAAACAGUUCAAGGUCCUAUGUGUGAUUUGGGGUCCGUCACGCAUGGAGGCUCGCGUUCUAUCGCUCUUGGAUGGAAACAAUUCAUGGAGAAAAGUGGAUUGCAAGACUCCGCAUAUUCCUGUAUACCGGAGACUUUACUUAGAUGGUAAAGUUUAUUACGGAGCAGUUCGUCCGGAGAAUAGGAAAUUCUUUUUCGUAAUGUGCUUCGAUCUCCAAAAGGAAGAGUUAAGCGUCAUUCAAGUACCGGCGGAGGCCGACUGUGAUACUUUGGUGAACAUUAACAACAAGUUAGGCAUUGUCAGAAACUACUUUCCUCCCGAUCCAACACAACGUCCUCGUGGUAUUUGGAUUUAUGAGUCAAAAAUAUGGUCUGAACUACCAUAUAAAAUUUCCUUAGUUGGCCUAGUCAGUGAGAAAGUGCAUUAUGAUUGCAUUGGUACCAUUGGCACCGACCUUCUUGUAUUCGCACCCUAUCAUGUCAUUGGAGAUUACCUUCAUGUCGUUUACUAUGAUGCUAGUGCUGGCCGACACACUAUAACAAGGAUAAAUGGAGUUUUACCUACCUUCAAUUAUUGUUUUGAGGCUUUCCUGGACUACGUAGAGAAUCCAACACAUAGCUCCAUUGAGGGCAUUAAAAAGAUAUGUUCUCCAACGAGACACCCAUGUGAUGAAAUUAUCAGACCCGGAGCAGAAGAUGACGUUGUCGGAAAUCCGUAG